GGCUACGAUCAGAUACUUACGCGACUCAAUUCACUCAAAGUCCAGCGCAUCGCUCAAACAAGCAAAGCUAUCCUGGAAGCACAUGGGCGCAGGAUGGCCCCCACACACACUUACACACACCCGCGCGAUGACAAGCAGCUGAAUAAGCCAAAGGCGAUCCAUAACCGCGCGCGAGAACCCACCCCGCCAGAACUACGGAUACCUUACACUAAGGUACUACUCCCGCCAGCGGCCCAGCACCAGCCAUCGCGAUGGCGCACUGGAGCCAUGGGCGCCGUUCGUUGCGCGGGUGACGGGCUACUCCAUACGAAGAGUACGGCAACGUUCCCACAUGAAAUGUGGGCAGUCUGCGACGGGAAUUAUCCACCUUCAUCUCCACUUCGGAGACGAGUUCACAUGUCCUCCCCCGGAAGAGAGCGUGCCCGGCGUAGAAAGUUUCGGCUUUCCGUUGAGAAUCACGGCAUGCCCAGUCUGCCGCCUCUUCGCCAAGAUUUCGCGAACCGGACCCGGGGCAGCAGCAGUAGAACCGGCGCAGCAGUUUCGAUGGCGGUACCGGAUGUUGGAGCUGCUGUUCGGCGGGGUGGCGAUAUUCAGAUGCCUCCGUCCCGGUGGUUGCGAAGAUGGAUCGGAAAUACGGAAUUACACGCCCCGUUCGGUUCGCGGAUUUACACUGGAUUUCCCAGCAAGGAGCAACGACGAUGUUUGUUGAGCGGUGCGCCAAAGGAUACAUCAUGAGUCCAUGACCAAGCAAUCAACUUUCUUAAUUCCGGUCUUAUCUAUUCGUAAUUAGACGACCAAGGUUAUCUACCUUAUUCGCCUUGAGCCUGCGACUUGACUAUUGUUGACUUUGUAUUGCGUCUUCCUGAAAGUGGCCAAGGAACGCGUAAUGUCAGAGAAACGGCAAGUACAAGUUUCUUCGACUGGUAUUAUUCACCCGUAAUGCCUCUUUUCCCAGAGCCACUACGGAGUACAGUCAUGCAGCUACUGGGUAAUAGUUCAUGUCUUUCAGAAUAGUAUUUAAAGAGAAUUCGCUUCGGCCUGUGGGA